GCAACUCGUAGCAGUUUCUUUAUUGUUAGUGAGAAAGUUUGUGUUGUGAUCCGUCAGAGCCUCUGUGUGUCCGGAUAAACCUGUCUGAAUGGACUUUGUGCUGUUCACCUUUUCUUUCUGGAUGUUUUACCUCUGACUCAUCUCCCAGGAGACUACAAACACAUUCAAGUUAGCUUAGCAUGCUAGCUGGUUAGCACCGCGGCGCUAGUCAGAGUGACUGUUUGAUUCAGGGCAAACUGUGUUUCUGACGGAGUUUGUGUGGAGAAAAAGUUGGUGUCACUGUGUGAAAAAUGUCUAAAGUCCAAACGGUGAGAGCGCUGGUGGAGCAGCGACUGACUGCGGCUGCUGAAGAGAUAUUUGGGCUGUUUGAAAGAACGAUAGCAGAGUACGAGGAGCAACUUUGUCGUUCAAAAGAGAAGAACGAGCGACAACAGAAACUACUGGACGCUGUUUUCAACCCUCAGAUUCGCUUACACAGAGCAGACGUCCAGCAGCUGUUGGUGGUUAAAGAAGAGUUUCCCUCUGAGCAGCAGGAGAGGAGCUGCAGUCUGGACCAGGACCAGGAGGACCCAGAGCCCCCACACAUUAAAGAGGAACAGGAGGAACCUUGGACCAGUCAGCAGGGGGAGCAGCUUCAGGGGCUGGAGGAGGCUGAUAUCACCAAGUUCACAAUCACUCCUGUCCCUGUGAAGAGUGAAGAAGAUGAAGAGAAACCUCAGUCCUCACAGCUUCAUCAAACACAGACUGAACAGAUGGAAACAGAAGCUGAUAGAGAGGACUGUGGAGGAACAGAACCAGACAGGAACUCUGAUCCAGAACCACAUUUACAACUUGAUACUGGUGACGAGCCUGCAGACUCUUCUGAACCUGAGACUGAUAACAGUGCUGAUUGCAAGGAGACCAGAGAACCUCAGUCAGGUUUGAACUGUUUGAAAAAAGAUGGCGGCCCUUUCAGAGAUUCCAGAUUUAGUGCUGGUGAGAAACAAUUCAGCUGCUCUGAGUGUGGGAGAAGAUUUGGCUACAAGCACGUUCUGAAGAGUCACAUGCUUUCUCAUACAGGAGAGAAACCUUUCAGCUGCUCAAUUUGUAAGAAAACAUUUUCACAGAGUGGAACUUUAAAGAAACACAUGAGACUCCACACAGGAGAGAAUCUUUUCAGCUGCUCAGUUUGUAAGAAAACUUUUACACGGAGUGAUACUUUAAAUGUACACAUGAGACUCCACACAGGAGAAAAUCUUUUCGGCUGCUCAGUUUGUAAGAAAACUUUUACACAGAGUAAAACUUUAAAUGCACACAUGAGACUCCAUACAGGAGAGAAACCUUUCAGCUGCUCAGUUUGUAAGGAAACUUUUACAUGGAGUGUAACUUUAAAGUCACACAUGAGACUCCACACAGGAGAGAAACCUUUCAGCUGCUCAGUUUGUAAGAAAACUUUUAAAUGGAGUGCAACUUUAAAGUCACACAUGAGACGCCACACAGGAAAGGAUCUUUUCAGCUGCUCAGUUUGCAAGAAAACUUUUACACGAAGUGGAACUUUAAAAUCACACAUGAGAAUCCACACAGGAGAGAAACCUUUCAGCUGCUCAGUUUGUGAGAAAACUUUUACACAGAGUUAUACUUUAAAGUCACACAUGAGACGCCACACAGGAGAGAAACCUUUCACCUGCUCAGUUUGUGGUAAAGGUUUCAAGCGAAGUCAGUAUCUGAAGACACACAUGAGAGUCCACACAGGAGAGAAAUCUUUCAGCUGCUCAGUGUGUGGUAAAAGUUUCAGUCAUAGUUCAGCUCGGAAUAGACAUUUCAGACUCCACACUGGAGAGAAACCUUUCAGCUGCUCAGUGUGUGGUAAAAGUUUCAGUCAUAGUUCAGCUUGUAAUAGACAUAUGAGACUCCACACAGGAGAGAGACCUUUCACCUGCUCAGUUUGUGGUAAAGGUUUCAAUGGAAGUUGUGAUCUGAAGAUACACAUGAGAGUUCACACAGGAGAGAAACCUUUCAGUUGCCGUAUUUGUAGCAAAAGAUUUGCCUGUAGUUCACAGGUCAAAAGACAUAAAUGUGCUGGCCGCUCAUCCUCAAAGCGUCAUCAAGCUGAGUAGAACAAAGAGGCAGAGCCUCCAGCCAGCAGCCCACAUGAAGAGAUGCAAACAGAAGCUGAUGGAGAGGACUGUGGAACACCAGAAGCAGCCAGGAACUCAAAUCCAGGUGAACCAGAAACUGAUGAGGAUACUGGAGAUUCUCCUGAACCUGAUACUGAUGACAGGGAUGAUUGGAAGUAAACUAGUAAACCCCUUAUUAAAAGGUCCUCAUCAGUGAGAAUGAAAGCCUUUUUAUUAACCCCUUGGACCUUUUGGAGGGUGUGGUGGAUUCAGUUUGAAGGCUACAGAGAAGAUCAUCACAUAUUGGUAUGAAACUAGAUGAUCUUAGGAAUCCUUUUGUACAAAAUAUGUCGUGAUCUCUUGUUGGGAAGGGGGUGAAAUUUGAUGUUUAUUUGUCUAUUGAGCAUCUUUAGAUUUUUUAGUAAGAUUUUUGUUUUGUUUAAC